CUGGACGGCACGGAAGAAGUUGACAGAUUUGCCUGGAACCCCCACAAGAUGAUGGGUGCCCCUCUUCAAUGCUCUCUUUUCCUUCUGAAAGAACAGGGUCUACUGCAUCACUGCAACUCGGCCUCGGCGACGUAUCUGUUCCAACAAGACAAGUUUUACGACGUGUCCUACGACACUGGAGACAAAAGCGUACAGUGCGGGAGGAAAGUUGAUGCCUUCAAGUUCUGGCUCAUGUGGAAGGCCAGGGGGGAUGUCGGACUCGAAUGGAGGAUCGACAACGCCUUCCAAUGCGCCAGAUACAUGACUGAGAAGCUGCAGUCUCGAGAGGGAUUCCGGCUGGUCCUGCCGGAAUUCGAAUGCACUAACGUCUGCUUCUGGUACAUUCCCCCUGCCUUUAGGGGCAAGACUGAAGACGAGGACUGGUGGGAAAAACUCGAAAAGGUCGCCAUCGCUUUCCCACUU